UCCUUUACCUGCUCUGCUUCUCUCUCUCUUCUUACAGAGAAAGAGACUUGGGAACUGCGCAGCGUUGUAGGCAGCCAGGCAGCUACUUCCUCACUCCACUCUCCACCUCUUCCAUCACCCCUUCUCAUCCGUUUUCAGCUGCCAUUUUCAAGUGUAAAAGCUAUCGACUUUAACUCUACUGAGAUCUUUCCGUUGCAGUGCUACAGGUAGACUCUUGAAACAAACACUUCCUUCCCGACGUAUUCUUCCUGUUAAAAAUGCAAACACCAAAAGCAAGAACUACUGUGGAGGUGCCACAAAGGACAUCUCCGGCUACACCUAGGACAGCUCGGAAGCUGAGAACGAGCACAGAUUCUGAUUCUGUCUCAUCUCCAAAUCCAGCAAGCCGGACGCCAAAGGAUAGGAGUCCAAAAGUUGUUGAUCGUCGAUCCCCACGAAGUCCCGCAACUGAGAAGAAACGUCCUGCCAAAGUCAGCGAGUUAGAGGCUCGGGUUGCUCAACUUGUGGAGGAACUGAAGACGGCAAAGGACCAGUUAACCUCUUCCGAAGCGCUGAAGAAGAAGGCUAAUCUUGAGAUGGAAGAGACUAAGAAGCAGCUUGCAGCCAUGUCGGAGAAGGUUGAGGAGUCUCAGAAGCAGCUGCUCGAACUUUCAGAUUCCGAGGAUGCUCGAGUCCAAGAGCUGCGCAAGAUUUCGCAGGAUCGUGACCGAGCCUGGCAAUCCGAGCUCGAGGCUGUCCAGAAACAGCAUGAAUUAGACUCGACUGCCCUGUCUUCCGCCCAGAGUGAAAUCCAGAAGCUUAAAAUUCAGCUCGACAGGGUUGCUGAAUCCGAAGCCGCCCAAGCUAGGUGUGCUGAAUCAGCACAUGGCGAGAUUCAGGGCUUAAGAAUCGAACUUGCAGAAACCCUUUCACUGAUCGAGAAGUUGAAAAGCCAGUUAAAUGAUUCUAAAGUCUCUGAAGCUCAAGCACUGGAAGAGUUCAGUAAAGCUCAAAUGCAACUGGAAGUAGCGAGAAUGACUGAGGAGACUCUUCGUCUUGAUUGUCUUAAAGUCACGGGAGCAUGCCAAUCCAUGGCAAUGGAAUUGGAGCAAUCAAAGAACCGAGUGAGUUCUCUCGAGGAGCUUGUUGGAAAACUGCAGUCUGAUCUGGGAAAAAGCCGUAUCAGUCAAGUUGAUUCUCUGGACGUUGAAAAAGGAAACAACGAGGAAGCUAGUGGUCUCAAAACCGAGCUCAACACUUUGGAAGCCGAGGCAAAUCAACUAAGAGCUGCACUGGAAGAGGCCGAGAGAAGGAAUCAGGAAGAAUACAUUCAGAGCACGUUGCAGAUCAGGAGUGCCUAUGAACUAAUGGAGCGCACAAAAUCUGAAUCGUUUCAGAAGGAGACAGAACUGGAGGCAAAGCUAAAGAUGGCAAGAGCUGAUGUUGAAGCUCUACAGGAAAAACUGAUGGAAAAGGAGGCUAAAUUGCAGAUCAUUUCAACAAAUGAGAACAAGCAGGUGAAUUUGCAAAUUGAUUCCCCACUGGCGAAUAAAAGAGAAUCUGAACUUGAAGCUGAAUUGAAAAAAUCCGAGUCUCUUUUAGCAGAUUUGGAGGCUAGUUUGUCAGCCAAAGAAACCGAGUUGCAAAGUAUUACUCAGGAGAACGAAACACUGAAGUCUGAAAUCAAGAAGAGGGACGAAGAGGGUAACAAAGUGAACGAGGAGUCUGCUGCUUUAGUAGAAACCGCAAAAGCUGCAGAACGAGAAGCCCUGAUGAAGCUCGGGUAUCUGACAGAGGAAGCCGAUAAAAGCAGCAGAAAGGCAGCACGCGUUACUGAGCAGCUCGAUGCAGCACAGGCUACGAAUUCUGAACUGGAAACCGAGCUGAGAAAGCUGAAAGUGCAGUCCGAUCAGUGGAGGAAAGCUGCCGAGGCAGCAGCAGCCAUGCUCACAACCGGUAACAAUGGGAAAUUUGUCGGGAGGACAGGCUCAAUGGACUACCACACCAUUGGCGGGAAGCUAGGCUCUCCGUUCUCCGAAGACAUGGAAGACGACUCCCCCAAGAAGAAGAACGGCAGUGUGCUAAAGAAGAUCGGUGUGCUGUUGAAAAAGGGCCAGAAAUAGACGAAACGUUUUGCAGGUGGUGCUUUCUGGAAUAAACAUAUUAGCAGACUUUUGUAUAGCUAUUACUAUUAUGUGGGCAUUGUAGCAGAUAGUUGGAGGUGUAGCAUUGUUCCCUGCAUUUUUAUGUGUUUAUUAUGUUAAUUGGCCAACAGUUUGGUCUGCCCUGUAUCAUCACUUCCCAGCAGCACUGUAUUUUAACAAUCUCAAGUAAUUUGAUGCUAUGACUGAUCUGUGAAUUUCAAGUCUCUGUACUUUUGUCAUUUGGCAAAUCUAUACAUGUAACUGGAAUUAUGUGAACUA